ACAAAAAGAGUAGAUCGACCAAUGCUGUGCAAUGCUGUGACCUUAUCUAUUAGAGCUGUCCUCGUGCCAAUCACCCUCCCUCCUCCCCCACUAUUAUCACCCUUCUCUUGCCUCAUCUAAGUUCGGUCAAGUCGUUCGGUGGAGAAUUCCUGUAGUGUGUACGGUGUGUUUCGUCGUGUGCCAUACCAAUUUUUAUUAGACAAUUCAUUAUAAGGACAGCCCUUUUACCGGAAUUGGUAGAAAUUUCCAAAAACUCCACCAUCACGUUUUUCUCCUUCUCUUCCUUUCGCUUCGAAUGCGAAAAUCAUGUUCUUUCAUCCCACAGAAUUUUCCAUACGUGAUUUCCAUUCAGUCUACAGUGAGUUCUCCGGUACAGAUCCUAGUGAACAACGGAUAGCCGAAGUAACGAUACAAAAUUCUGAAAUAUUAGUGACAUACCGGCGCCGUCGGGUAAAUAUCGCAACGAAGAAUCGAUUGAGAGAUCAUACAAGUAUCAGGGAGAGGAAUAGCGAUCUCAUAUCACCUGUUGCCAUCUGUUAUCAACGAUUCUUAAGGAUGUUUGAAAAAAAAAUGAAGAUGUCGAAUUCAGAUGCUUAUAUGUAUAAGCCAUUUUUCGACGUAAAAAAGUGUGCACGCAUGCUAGACUAUGAUGCACCAAAUGAUCCGUACAUUUAUCGCUUUGAAAGCCUAAGAUUGAAUUCUUUCGCCAUGUGGCGUGAGUCAUUUAUGAAUUGCAAAGAACUCGCGGCUGCCGGUUUCUACUACACUGAGAAGAAAGAUACAGUAAAAUGCUUCGAGUGCCAAAUUACUUUGUCAAACUGGAAAAUCGGUGAUAAUCCCAAGAGCGAGCAUCAACGUUGGUCUGGAAGAUGUAGAUUCGUCCGGAAUGUUGCUUGUGGAAAUGUACCAAUCGACGCCGAUCUUAACAAGAUUGACAUGCUACCCCCACGAGUAGAUGUUUGCGGACUUUAUGGCCUCAAGUACAUGUCGCAUUCUUUUCCGGACAUACUCGUGCAGCAUCAAAUUGAAAGUUAUAGGAAUUCUAUCUCAGAGUCAAAAAAGGUCAAUCAGGACUCAGAGUCAAAAAAGAUUACUCAGGACUCAGGGACAAAAGGUUGCUCCGUAUCUUCUGAUGAAGAUAUUGACAUUACGGUCUUCUGGAACGCUGAUACGAACGCCUACUUCAAGGCCAAGCUCAGCGACGUAUUAGGCUCGACAGACCCUACAUACGCUUCCUAUGAGCGUAGAUUACUCUCUUUCGCAACAUGUACUUGCGAUACGAUACGUGAGAAAAAAAAAGAAUUGGCUGAAGCUGGUUUCUUUUACUUUAGCGGCCUUUUUGAAUCUUCUGAUCAAACGAUGUGUUUCUAUUGUGGAAAAUGUCUGAGAGCUUGGCAACCGGAGGAUGAUCCUGUGAAAGAGCAUAUUAAGUGGUACCCUCAAUGCAAAUUUAUCAAGAAGAUAUUAGCAAAGAAAUUAAAGAAACGGAUACAGGAUCACGAGAAUGAGACUCACGAGAAUGAGACUCACGAGAAUGAGACUCACGAGAAUGAGACUCACGAGAAUGAGACUGACGAGAAUGAGACUGACGAGAAUGAGACUCCUACAAAUGCUACGACUACUGUUUGUUAA